UCGCUGGCCUACGCCAGCCUCAUGGCCCUGCUGGUGGCCGCCAUCGUCUUCUGCAAUGGCUCCGUCACCCUCAGCCUCUGCCGCAUGUACCGCCAGCAGAGGCGUCACCAGGGCUCGCUGGUCCCUGGGCCGCGGGCUGGCGUGGACGAGGUUGACCACCUGAUUCUGCUGGCCCUCAUGACGGGCAUCAUGGCUGUGUGCUCUCUGCCUCUCACGAUCCACGGCUUCACCCAGGCCGUUGCCCCGGACAGCAGUGAGAUGGGGGACCUCCUGGCCUUCCGCUUCAACGCCUUUAACCCCAUCUUGGACCCCUGGGUCUUCAUCCUUUUCCGCAAGGCCGUCUUCCAGCGACUCAAGCUCUGGUUCUGCUGGCUGUGUCCCGGGCCCGUCCGUGGCGACUUACAGAUACCCCUCUCUGAGUCAGCCUCAGGGAGGAGGGAUCCGAGGGGCCCCACUGCUCUUGGGGGGAAAGAGGGAAGCUGGGUGCCUUUGUCAGCCUGGGGUGAGGGUAAGGUGGCACCCUUGCCUCCUGCACAACCGUCCAGCAGCAGCACUGUGGGAACGCCAUCCAAAGCAGAGGCUGUUGUCGCCUGCUCCCUCUGCUGACAUCUUAGGCUGGCCCUGUGAUCUCCUGCCCUGCUUUCCCAGGGCAGGAGCCAGAAAAUCAGGGAUACAGCUGAUGACUGUAGAUGCCAGAACCCUGGUCCCCAAAUUCUGGGGGGUGAUCAGCUGCUAUUUCUCUUCCUUCAGGGUGGCCACUACAGGCUCUGGGAGGAGAGUGAGGGACAGAGGGAACAUUUAUCCUGGAGCACAAAAAGGAAUAGUUCUCUCAAAAUAACCAGUGGCCCGUUCACCCUGCUCUGGCUCUCAACUCUCCAUCCAUCUCACUGUCUAAAUAUUUAGAAGGGCAGAAAAGUUCCCAGUGGCUUCUGUGUGCUCAGGUCUGCUUGGGGUAGGGUUCCAGCACCCAUCCUCAUCUAUUAAGGGGGCCCAAGCCCCCGAGGAUGGCCCCACCCUCUCCCAAGUCACUCUGAGAACCACCCCCUCUCUGUCCCAUGAGAGCAAGGGAUUCUUGGAAAAGCUCCCUGCCUCUUUGCCUUCUGAUGCUCCAUCAGACUUGGGAGCCCUGGCACCCCAAGGGGAGGAGGGAGGAAGGGGAAACUGCUGCACUGUGAGUGACUUGUCAGAUGUGUGCCUGGUAUGAAAAGAGUCAGAGAAAUUCCACAUAGCUUGGGGGGCUGUGAGACGUGAACUGUGGGGGUACAGAUGGCGGGAGAUAGAUGGAGAAGCUGGGGAAUGAAGGGGUCGGGGGUGCUGAUCCCAGGUACUGUCCAAGAUGUAGACCUAAGUCCUGUGCCUGUCCCCAGGGUCCUGAAUAGAUAAACUGCCUCCUUACAGACCCUGAUCUCCCCUCAGGUGUCCUUGGACCCCUCACAAAGAUUUAUUAAUUCAUUCAACAAAUACUCAUUAAUUCAUUCAACGAAUACUCAGUGGAUAUUGACUCUGCCUGGUGUUGGGGACACAGACAAGUCUCUGCCCUGCCCUGGACCCCUCUGGGGUGAUUUGCAGCUUCCACCCUCCUUCCCGCUUCUCACGGCCAUUCCCUGCUCUCAGAGAGGCCCAGAAUCAAGGGUGCUGACUGGCAUGAAAGGAAGUGAGUCGGUGUUCAGGGUGUGGGGAGGGUGAGUGGGAAAGCCCCCCACCCACCAGCACUGCCAGACCCAGUUCCCCUUUCUUACUUGCUUCUGGGUUAAAACAAUAAAUCAGCACCUCGGGAAGGGCAGGGUAGGUGAGGCAUAAGCCUCCUAUAAAGGCAACAGUAUCUAACACUGAGCACCGUCGCCCUCCAUCCUCACAACUACCUGUCAUUAGAGCCUUUCUACAGAGACUGGAAGCAAUGUCCAUAGGAGGCAGACUCCUACCCUGGGCCACACAGCGAGGAGAAAGGGAGCCAGCCUUCUCUAGUCAUCUCCAGGGCCCAGCUCACUGCUGAGACGGGCAAUUGCCUCUCUGUACCUUGGUGUCCUUUCCGUCAUAACCUAGCACUUAGUUUACAGGGUUGCUUUGAGGACUGAGUGAUUCCCUCUGAAAAGCAGUUUAGCACAGGGCCUGGACUAAAGUCCACAAUAAAUGUUACUAUUAUUGCCAUUGUUGUUGUUGUUGCUGUUGUUAUCUUGGCAAACAUGAUUUGAAAACAAAGCAA